ACAGUUUUUUGUUCUGACUUAGAUAUUUACCUAUUGAAACAGUUUACUUUCCUUACAAGUGGAUCUAGAUCUAGAACAAGUCUAGAAAGCAAAAAAACUUUUGCUCUGUUUUAGAGAAAAUAUAUUACAUAAUCAUAAUUCUGGGAGACGAUGUUUUUAUAUAUUGCAGAAAACAAUAUUUGUUACUAUUCAAAUGGAUAUUGUACAGUUGUGUAUGAUUUUGCUUCCAAGAUUUCAGUAUGAUAAAUUGUUGAAUAUAUAGAACAUGAGUAAGUUUUAUAUACCUCCUUGUACCAAUGACGUCUGUGAAGAAAGAUUGAAUAGUCUCUCUAAACAACUGAGUAAAGAAGGUUAUUCCAUCAUAGAAGCUGUUUACUCCGGCUCCAGAGCGAAGUUAUUCAAAGAAGGUGUCGAGGAAGCUUCAUUCACUAUUUUACACAAAUGUCCAACAUUAUGGAAUUUCAUCAAAACUGCAGGUCUGGAUGUGUUUUUGAAAGAGAAAAAAGAUCUUUACGACAAGCUAAUGUGCGUUCAAUUUGACGGUAUAUCACUAGGAAAGCUUUCUGACAACCCUUCUUCUCUAGCAAGAUGUGAAACAUUUUUUGAAGACCUCAAUCUUCAGGACAUCUCCAACGAUGCAAAACUGCAACGCUUGGUACAGAACAUCCAAGCAUAUAAAAGAAAGUCGUCAAAAAAUGUCCCUACAUUGCCAGAACCUUCGCUGUAUACAUUGCCUGGCUUUAAUUAUGCCAAGGUGCAAUUCUUGUAUGAAAAUGUGACAAGCCAAGAAAAUGAUUUUAGGAAGAAACUGAUGGAGCUUAGAGAUGAACACGCUAAUAGAUUGAUAGAAGAAGAUGGAGAACUUGUUUGGUAUCCCUCACAAAAUGCCACAGUAAAGGUUUUUGCCAAAAUUAUGAAUGGUAAACAAGAAUCCACAAAGCUGCUAAAUGUUAGCAAGCUGACAACAUUUGAAGAAGUAAAAGAUCAUAUCAACCAAGUCUUAGGAAACAGUCAGACAGCAACUUCCAAUCUACAGUUCCUUUUAAACAAGACAUUACCAGAAUUCUAUAAUCGUGACAUGUUAUACGGGCUGGUUGUCAUGGCAGUUUGCGACGAACCAAAUCUACAAAAGGAAUCACUGACCAGGGUCGAGUUAUUGGUUUUGAAAGGAAAGCUUCGUGCAUUGGACACUAGUUUUGAAAUGCUGGUUGUUCUAAAACAUAUUUUAAUUGACUCCAUAGAACAAAUGAGGAGAAAUAAAACUCAAGAUGAUGUCUUGCAUGAGCUUAUCAAGAGAAAGUGCUUGCUACUCUACAACAUCCAGAUAGAAUUGAUAUUCAAAAUGCAAAAACCUGAGAACCGAGACAUGCGAAAUCUCAAAACUAGGGUUACUAGGUCAGAGGAAAGCAGACCAGCCGUCGACACAUACAUCUCCAGUACCCAAUCAUUUCUUGGUCUUACGACAGAGGAGGUGACACAGUUCUCAAAAGAAUUUGUAUCUGUCAGUUUGAAAACAGAGAACGAUGGAAAUACUUUAAUAGGUCUAAAAGAUUACAAACAGUUUUAUAUCCUUAUGAAGCAAAUGAAAAUGCUGUUCAAGUUCAACAGUAAAGUAAACGAGGACCUACUUAGCCUGGAAUAUUUAAAAGCUUACUUAAGAGCCAAGCCCAAACCGAAAAGGCGCCAGCACCCCCAGCUUUGUUUAGACCUUAUUUGGCAAGGAAUUCAACACUAUCUCAGAUUUCUCUCAGAGGAAAGCUUAAACCCAGACACAACAGCACAGUUUCUCAGCGCCUUAGAAAUCGUGAAAAUGUUGAAAAUCCCCAACAAUAUAAAGCAGAUGGCAUCAUCAUUAAGACACUUGAUGUUCUGUCCUGAUGACGACCUACGACGACAGAUCAUUCAUUUUGUUCAGGCAGACGAAGAUUUGAAUGAGCCCUGGCAAAGGCAUGUAAUACACUUUAUUGAGGAAAUGUUUCCGACUUUGAAGAUAAAUCCAGAAGAUAAGGUAUCAAGCUGGCAAACAUUGUCUUGCACUUUCAUGGACAGUCAAGUAAAUCUAACUGUGCAUAAUGAUAUGGAGAUCAGCCCUACAGCUUCCAGAAUGACAAGUUUAGGGAAAUCACAAGGCCAGAUAAAGAUAAAAGAUGUUGAAAUGUUACGAAGCUUGCAACAUGAGAACAUCUUAGACUUGUAUGCAUUCAACCUAGGCAGUGUGCCAGAAUUCUUCAUUACAGAACAACUUUGUGAGAAACACGACAAAAAUUUACAGCACUUUCUGGUAAACAAAAGUUUGACUAAAAAAUUGUGCUUAAAUUCCACGCUGUUAAAAUAUUUAUUUCAAGCAGCUGCAGCAAUUGAGUACUGUCACAUGAAAGACAUUAUUCUGAGAGACAUUACAGCCAAAAGUUUCAUAGUGGCAGCUAAUAACUCUGUAAAACUAUUCAAAUUCAAAUUGGCCAGAAAACUUGGAGCACAAUCUGAAAUAGUCGACAAAGACAGUUCCUUAAAGAUACCAACAAGAUGGAGUGCCCCGGAGUCUUUGUGGAGAUUUAAGUGGUCCAAGUUUUCCGAUGUUUGGAUGUACGGUCAUCUUUGCUAUGAAGUCCUCACUCACGGGGCCUUACCUUACAGUCACCUGUGUAUUACAGACGAAGAGUUUAUGUGGAAAAUACGAUGUGGUACAUGCAACAUAAACCAAGAAGACUGCAUUUCUGAUGAAGAAUAUCAGGUUAUUCAAAAGUGUGCUCAGUACUGCGAUAAAAAUAGGCCCAACAUGUCAAAAAUGAAACAUUUCCUGAUGCUAUUGGAAAGGAACACACAGAGUAUGCGAGGAAGUUACCCAUCACUCAAAGCCGCCAACUACAAGCCUUCCAAGCAUUUCUCAAAAGGUUUUCCUCAGGUUCAAGAUUACGACACAGUUAAUUCAAAACAUCAGAAAUUCAGAAUGUUAUCCUCUGGCCUCAAACAAUAUUGGAAAGUUGGUGAAAAGGAAAACAAACAUUCCUUUCAAGAAAAAGUUAAAAGACAAUUUUCUCCGCAUCUGCUACAGCAAAUCAUGGACGGAGCCCUAGAUGGAAUUCUUCCUGGUAUAUAUAUCAAGAAGAAAACUGAUGGUCAAUAUAUAAUUAAAGUCAAAACUUUUCAACAACUUGAAGGAAAUGUUCUAGAAAUGGUCCUGAACAAAACAUUGGCCCGAUCUGCAGAUGAUUUCAAAAUACUUCUGUUGAAGAUUUCUCAGCUGCUGGAUAAUUUCCAUAAAUUGAAUUUUGUUAUUGGCAACUUAAGAGCUUCGCAACUGUUUGUAUUGAAAUUGACAGGAUCAGAUUAUAAGAUCUAUCCUGUAUCUUUGGCAUAUUUACAAAAUAGCCAAGAUUCACGUAAUCAAAUAUUUAAACAAGAAAUGCGUGACCAAAUUGCAGAAGCCAGGAGUGCACCAGAAGUGAGUCAAAGCAAUAGCUACUCCACAGCUAGUGAUGUCUACUGCUUUGGACUAGUGAUAAGGGAUCUUUUUAUGGCUAGAAUCAAUUCAGGACAAAUGAAACCUGUGACAACUGAAGUUGACUUGGUUAAUUUUGAUCAGCUGGAAAGCAAUAUAAACUUGACUACGUUCGAGAAACCGGCUGGUAUGGAACCAAAGCUUUAUAAAAUAAUCGAAAUGUGCACUAAUAGAGAUAUACAGCGUAGACCAUCUAUCGAAGAUAUUAUCAGACUACUUGAGCCUCAUAAUGAUGUUCUGUCUACAAAAGUAAAGGCAUACAAAAAAAUGUCCAUGAGGUCUACAAGAAGUGGCAGUACUACGACAGUUAGAUCAAGACAGACCGAAAGUCAGCUCCAUGUGAACAAUGCCUCAGAAACUAGUGAGACUUCUUCUUAUUCGACCAUUUCUCAUAUAAGUACAAAAUGCUUUGAAGUAGAUAUGAUGGAGGUAAAUUAUCAGUACAGUAGGAUAGGAGACAUCAUAGAAGAAAAUAAGAGUGACUAUGCUGAGUUGAUAGAACACUCUAUAGAUACCGAAACAGAAGAACACAAAAAUAUCGAUGUUAAAGUUCGAACAAGUGAAGAAGGCUCUUUUCAUACUGAUCCUGAAGAGACUUUAUUGAAAUUGCCUUAUGAACAACAAAUAAGGGAAAUAAAAAGUACUGUGAAAUUGGAAACAAGUGUUGUGGAACAAUGUGUUCCAAAAUCAAACACAAAUACUUCUCGGGAUCUUCUGUUACAAGAGUUACAACAAAAUUUUGCGUUGAAGCAGCAAAACAGUAAAAAGACAGAUGUUGAUUCUGAAGCCAGUGAAUACGACGACGCAUUUAGCAUGACGGAUGCUGAACGUUUCCCUACAAAAGGCAUUGUUAGCGACACUGACGACAAGAAUGCGCUACACCAACAUACAACUGAAACAAGAACUUUACUUCAUGAAUCCGUACCAGUAACAGAGUCAAUUUCUCGUUCGUUUAAUUCAGAAAAAGUCCCCAUAUGACACUGCGAAUCCUGAACCAUCAACAAAGUCCAAAGUCGAUUUUUCUCGUGCUGAUAGACCACAAAAUAACACCUUAAGAUCAGAAAAAUCAAAAUCUGAAUUCGUUUCCUCUAGUUUAGAUAAGCCACAAGAGGAUGUAAAUUGCAGUGAGGAACAUAUCAUACAGUUAUGGCUGACAAAAAAAAAUGAAAUGCAAGGCAAAUCUCGCUCCUGUUUUGGUUUCUGGUAAAUCGCAUCUGUUAACAAAAAGACAUGUAUUAUCGGAAUAACAAAAGUAUUUGUUGUGUAACGUUUUAUUUGGCACAAUUCUAUUUAGUCAACAAGCAAAUUUUAAAAAAAAUUAAACAACAAAGAUUAUAUUAAGUGUAUCAAUUAGUUAGGGUUAGGGUAAUUAAAUUUAAAUAGAUCUACACUAACAAUAAAAAAUCUGUGCUAUUAGAAAUAUUUUUGUACUAAUUGUUUUUGUUUAACGCUAUUUCAUGCUUUUAGCUUUCUCAAUACGCUAUGAUCCUAUCACGUGACUCGACCAGUUGGAAAGCGGAAGAAAGAACGGGGUAUCUGGGUGAUCGCUUUUUAAAUGUAUUUUUUUAAAAAAAGGGCACAACCUAAAUUCGAACUUGUGGGCUAAAUCCUACUCAGGCUUCUCAAACCAUCGCCGUAAACACUUUUCUAGAAGUAGAUCUAGAUCUAGUCUAGAUCUUAGACUUAAAAGAGUUCUUAAUCACAAGUCUAAAUCUAGUUUUAGUUGUCCAUAUAAUAAAAAGUACCAAUAAAGUAAUACUCAAUUCUAUAUUGCCGGUUGUCCUAGUAAGAUGCAUCGUUCGUACAAGGAGCUGACGGUGUCAAAAAUCAAGAUUUCGAUACCGAUUGCAGCUAAAAAAAUUGUUAUGUUUUUUUUUUCAUUUUAAGUUGUAUAAUGGAGGUAUUGUCUUUUAAAAAUGUAUUUGUAAUGUUUUUCUUGUUUGAAUAAUAAACAAUAUGAGGCAUAGUUUGUACACUAUAUGAUUCUCUUUCUCUUUAUAAAUACUCCCAUGUCUUUGUUAAAGGUGAUAGUUAUAUAAUUCACAACUCAUGUCAUCAGGCUAAAUAUGUCAUAUUUUCCAAAUGAAUAUGUACAUAAUAGUAUGUUAUUUGUACAUUAUUAGUUGAUACCUUUGCUGCUUUUGAAAUACAUGGUAUAUAUGUUUGUAUAUCGCCCUGAAGACUUUUAAAUACUUCAAUAAAAUCUAUCCUCCCGACUCCCGAUAACCGAAUAUAAUAAACGGUCCAAUACACUACCUUAUAAUAGACUUUUAUAUUCACUGUGAAAAUUAUUAUUGCUUUAAUUUUUUUUUUAUCGAAAACGAGAAUGUAGAUCUAGAUUUUCUACACAUUAUUGUAGUCUUAACAUUUCAAAGUGUAGUAAUUUUCUCCACACACACACACAUUCGCACACGCUUUCAUACAGUCAAAUGUAAAGUUGUUUAGCAUUUGAGUAAGUUUCCUUGGUGGAAGACAAUGUAUGUAUUUGUAGAGUUGUUUUGAACAAAAUGUUUAAACAAAGACUGUAUAUUUUUGUCGUUGAUAGAUAGGCAUUGUAGUUUCCGCGUUUUCAUCUAGAUUUGAAAAGUUAUUAACAAUUUUUGGAUUUAUACAACGGCGUAUCUAGGAUGGGAGUGUGGGGGGUCCAAAUUUGAAAAUCCCCCCGGGCCCCCACUUGAGGUGGCCCACAAAUGAGUGUCGGAAAUGUUGUUUUUUUACACCAAAUAUUAAAUAUUACGCUAAUAUCUCACGUCCAUGGUGUCUAUAUCAAAUGAAGGGGUCCUUAAAGAGUUCAAGCCCCCGGGCCCCCCAAAUCCCUAGCUACGUUACUGGAUUUAUAAUUUGAACACUUUGGUAUGUAUUUUCUUCUCUUGUUGAUUUACAAAGCUGAAUAUAUAAUUACAGUUCACGCAUAUUUACAGUUCACGCAUAUUUACAGUUCACGCAUAUUUACAGUUCACGCAUAUUUAGAUAGGUCAGUGUUUAUUUCAUCGCAAUUUUAUCUUCCUUUAGCAACGUCUCCGACUCUAAGGCAUGGGCGGAUCCAGAACUUUAGAGAGGGGGGGAGCGAUCGCCCCAACCGCCCCUCCCUGGGUCCGCCAGUGCGUAAGAAAACCAUAAAGUUAAAAGUAAAAGUGUGUGUUAUCUCACAUCGUUAGUGACCAGAUUUUUUCUCAAAAAUCGAACAAUGUCCUGAAGUUUUCUAGACAACCAAACACUUGGCAGAGUUGAAUUAGCAGGCUUUGAGUUUCUAAUUAACAAAUACUCACGGAGAACGUAAAUAUCUAAUGAUUUAAAGGAACGUUUUUAAUUAGUAAGAUAAGUGAAUGACGCUUCUUAAAGAAGGUUUUAAUUAUUAAAGAAAGUAAACUAUCUACCGUAAAAUUGUCAUAAUUUUUAAGUUCAUAGGAAAUUAAUUUAAGCUCAAAUCCCUAAAGACUUUGACUCACAUAUUUUGAGACAAAAAUAAAGUUGUCAGAAAGCAUUUUUGUACAUUAUUUUAAAUAUAAAACAUUGGAGACUGCUUUGAUGAUGUGAAUUAUGGCACCGAUAAAAAUGGCGUGUCUGAACAUUCACACAUAUUUUGAGACCUUAAAAAAAAAUAGAAAAGUAUUUUUUUCCUCUUUUUUUUUAACCUCCUGGUUUAGUAAUCAGAACAAGAAGCGCUAAUCUAUGUUUCACUUUAAGCGCAUGGUUUAGCUAAAUCCGAAUUUUAAGAUCGAUACUUAAAAUUGAUGCAAAGUGCUCUACCUUGAAUGUAUUUCAUUUUAUUUUGUGAAUUAGUUCUUCAUUGUUAAAUAAAGGCUUGCGUUUGUAUUAAAGUUUUUAAGCAUUUAA